AGAGGGAAAUCUUUACAGUGUCAUAUUGCAGCAUUGUGAGGGGGAAGUGAGAAACGCGUGUCUGUACAUCGUCAUAUAAAACACUCUUGUUUCUGCCUCUCUGAUUCAUUUGAUAUUUGAACGUGAUCAGUCACCGUUACAGUCCCGUGUGGAACUAAAUCUGCCAUUUAAACACUUUUUAAAGACUUCAGCCCUUCAAGAGCAAUGCAAGGACCAGAACUGGUUGACUCAAGGAGUCGUUUUCGAUUUAUUGAAUCUUGUCUUGGCUUGAUGGGGUGUUUGUGUAUCAGCUAUGCGAUCUGGACACCUCAGUGGCUGGAUGACCAGGGUCUGUGGACCUCAGGGAAUGAAACCAACUUGGACAAUAGCUGGACCACUGAAGAAAUUGCUAAAGCUCUGGAGGCUGAAAAGGUGUUUGCAGUGGUGGCUUUCCUCAUGUCGGUGAGCUCUGGACUUCUGUGUCUCAUGUUCGCCCUCUGCUGGACGUCUCAAACGGUGCGUUCCUACUCGAACACUCGCUCGUUGCUGAUGGCAGGCCAGGCGCUUGACCCGACCACCCUGCUGCUGUUCACACUAGUACCUACAGGUUUUUUCUUCUUUCUCAGCUGGGUGCUUUUUACCCAUCGACAUAUUGGUGAGAUCAGGGAUGACGUCAGUCGACUCGGCCUGUCCUAUUGGCUGGGAGUGGUGGGUUGGGCUUCGCUAUUGGCCGUGCUGCCUGUGAUCUUCCUGGCAGAGAAAUUUGUGGUUCCCGACAUCCUGCCGGAGUUAAAAAAGGCUGCCGAAAUGUGGUGGAAGGCUCCUGAGGUUGCGCACGCGCGAUCAUUAAGUGAGGGCUGCCAUCGUUUACAGCAUAAGUCUCAUCCGGAUGUCAAGAGGUAUUUUUCAGUGCCUUGAAGGAGAGGAAGGACUCUGAUCUUGCUGGUCUUCUAGUCAAACAUAUGAGCUGAGCAUAUGCCUCACAACAGGGGUCAAGGACCUGGAUGAGAAACCUGUAACUGCUGUCCGAAUGUGGGACACGAAUAUUCAGGUUACAAGUGCUGUGGUUUCACAGCUUUUUUUGGACGAGGAUGCCCAAAAAUGUGGUUAAUGGACUUGAGAGUUCACUAAGUGUGAAACAUAAAGCAGAAAGGAUCUUCAAGUUGCAUAUGGGCAGUUUGUCCAUAGGGUUACAUAUACUGUGGAUACAGUGACUUUCAGGGAGGUCAACCUAAAUGCUUUUGAAAAUGCAUUUUAAAUAUGCUAAGUUAUAAACUGUAAAUGUAAAGUAAUUUUCAUGGCACGAAUCUGCUGUGGAUUGUUCAACUACGUCUUUAGCACAGAUAGCGUAACAUCAGUUAUCUUUAGAAACAGAAAAAAAACACUAAAUAAUUUCUAUGCGAUUGGUAAAGCUAUAAUAAAUUUACUAAUAAUUGCAAUGGAAAGUGCCAACGUAAUGCUACUGUUGUUAUAAUCACCUCUAAUGCAAUCAUUAGCACCAUAUUUAGCAAAAAAUUUAAAUAUAAAAUUUGGCUGUUAUUGAAAUUAUGUUAUUGAAACAUAAAAAAAAAACUGUUUAAAACAUAUUUGUUCUUGUAUGGACAAACGCUUUCAAAUUACCUCUACUUGUUUUUUCCCCUAAUUCCCACUGCCAAAAGUGGUGAUCAUUUCAUUCCAGAUUGUUCUGCUUGUUCCCAUUUUUACAGACAAUUCUGAUUCAAAUAGUCACAGAGCACUUUUGUACUGCUAACACUAUUAGAUGGUGCUACAGUUGUUGUUUUUUGUGUGUGUCUUUGUCUUUAUGUGCAAACAGUGCUCUCUACUGGCAACAGUAUAAAGAGCAUCAAGUUCUGUCUUUUAUUUGAAUUUUAAAGUUAUG